AAUCGGAGAAAGUGUUGUAAACGAAAGCCAAGCGAAAGAUGUAUUGAUUCCAUUGCCGUCGGGAUCGCGCCAUUAACCAAAUUUUAUAUUUGUUGAGUGCGAACUGCGAAGGGAAAGGAAUGAUUCUCAGUGGUCAGCUCCACUCGCAAUUGCAGAACCGGCGGCCGCUUUUCUCACCUUUUUUCUCAAAGAAUGUUCCAACACCAAGUUUUCGUCUUCUUCUUUUGCCCCAAAAAAGCUUCACUUUGUCCUCAGUCUCCCAUUCUGUAGACCAUCCAGGUUCGAUCUGCUGGAGUUCUAAACCUAGGGGUUCUAAAGCUUCACAUAGGAGAUGUGUAUCAGAGAAUUUCUCCAGUUCUUUCGAACUCGAUCGGGUGCCAGAAAAUAUUUCCGGGCCGAUUCAGAAGAUUGAAGGAAAGGGCACCGUUCUGGAUAUCCUAAAGGGAGCUAACUCUAUUCUGCCACAUGUAGUCCUUGCAAGUACAGUGUUGGCUCUUAUAUUUCCACCUUCUUUCACAUGGUUUACAAACAGAUAUUAUGCACCAGCUCUUGGAUUUCUGAUGUUUGCUGUUGGGGUGAACUCAAGUGAAAAGGAUUUCAUUGAAGCAUUCAAUAGACCGGCAGCUAUUUUUGCUGGAUAUGUUGGUCAGUUCAUCAUGAAGCCUCUCCUGGGAUACUUGUUUGGAACAAUUUCUGUAACAGCUUUCCAUCUUCCGACUUCCCUAGGUGCUGGAAUCAUGUUAACAUCUUGUGUUAGUGGGGCACAGCUCUCAAAUUAUGCAACCUUUCUAACUGACCCACCAAUGGCUCCUCUAAGCAUUGUCAUGACAUCAUUAUCCACCGCAACGGCAGUUUUUGUAACACCAAUGUUAUCUCUGUUACUUAUUGGGAAGAGGUUGCCUGUUGAUGUAAGAGGGAUGGUCUCCAGUAUAAUGCAGAUUGUAGUUGCACCUAUUGCUGCAGGCCUGCUUUUGAAUAGGUUCCUUCCCCGGAUUUGUGACGCCAUUAGACCAAUAUUGCCUCCACUGUCAGUGUUUGUAACAGCUCUUUGCGUUGGUUCUCCGCUGGCAAUAAACAUUAAUGCAGUUUUGUCACCCUUUGGAAUGACCAUCCUAAUGCUCAUAAUUGGAUUUCACCUAUCAUCAUUUGUUGCUGGAUAUGUUCUUUCUGGCCUUUUCUUCCACAGGGCUCCUGAUGUGAAAGCUCUGCAAAGAACGUUGUCCUUUGAGACAGGUAUGCAAAGCAGUCUUCUAGCACUUGCACUUGCAAACAAGUUUUUCCAGGAUCCCCUCGUAGGUGUACCCCCAGCCAUCUCGGUUGUUAUCAUGUCUUUGAUGGGAUUUUCGCUAGUCAUGCUGUGGGCUAAGAAAAGAAAUUAGAGUGAUGAAGCAAUAAUAAAACAAUUGAUUCCUUCCUUGAUUUGACAAGUUGCAUUCUACUAGAGAGGUUUUUUCAUGUGCCAAUAGGUGUUACGACAUAUAUUUUGUAUUUGUUUUGAAUUGUAAAAUAGCUUUAAAAGAUCAUUUGGAAUCAUUUAGUAUUUUGAAGAUUUUUUUUUUUGUUAUUUGAGCGAGUCAAGCCCAGCGACCAAAAUGGUUUUAUGUCCGGUCCAAAUCUGAUACACUGGUUCCAAGUGUGAUUCUCCAGAUUAGGUUGUGAUGAUGAGGAUUUAGCCACUUAUGCCUUGUGGGACUACCAUCUGUGUUGAAUCACCAUGGCCACUCGUUGGUUUGAAGACUCUCAGUCAAAAAAAAAGAUGAAGAGCUUCAAUCACUGCAUAUUUAUUAUUUAACCAUUCUCGCCCAUACCCUGGUGGCGGAGACCUGGGUUCCGCUCGUUGGUAUUCACAUUUCACAGCAACAGAAGGACUGUUUAAGGUCGUCUCCAAUCUCCAUGACAGUCAAAGCUUUGCAACAGUCUGGUUUACUCAACGAGAGCCUUAUGCUUUGUUGCUUGAUGGGAUUUGUUCUUCAUACUUUGUCCCAUGGUGCCAGUUUUCAUUCAAAGUCGGUUUAAAUUGGGGGAUGGACAUCUCACGUUGCCUCGUAUUGGGGAUUGAAAUUCGAACAGCCAUCUGGGCUAGGGAAUGGCAUGGCACUAUCAGAAUUUCCAGAAAUGCAGAAGAUCAAAAGGAGGCUUCUUUCUGUAAUCAGCCAUGAUUCAGAGUGAUUGCUGUUCAAGGAAUUUAAUUAGGUUCUGUGGAAAAACCAGAGCUUCAAGGGAUGACAAAGUUUCGGGCUCUAAUCUAAGGGAGAACAUUUGGGAUGAUAGGAAUUGCUUUGGUUGCCACAUGAGCAGCAGAUGAUCUCCCUUGGCGUCACCUCUCACAAAUUAUGAUGUUCGUACUCCUUAGUCCAUACCAGAAACCGACUGAGGGACUAAGGGUUCAUUAUAUGUUCCAGACCUUCAAGUUGGAUUGAACCAAAAUUGAAAUUAGUGAUUUGGUUUGGGAAAAUUUUAAAAUUUCAA